CCUAAGGGUGUAAUUGCACAAAAGAUCCCUAUGGGUCGAAGUGUAUCCGCAGGGGCUCCCGAAAUUAUAAGUCAAGUAACUAUUGCUAUAAAUGAUCACUAAGUUUUGUAUUGAUACUUUAUUAACGCUUUAACGGAACUUUUUACUACGUUGCCAUGAAAAAUAUAGUCCGUUUAUUAAAUAACCUUAAUCUAAAAAGUCUUAUAACUUUAUAUUUGUGCACCAAUUCUAAACCUUAUGUCGCAAAAUUUACAGUAGCUAUUUCCUUAUUCUUAAUCAGCACUUAAGCCUUUUUAGAAUCAUGCGUUAUGAAUCCCAGCCGCGCGCCGUCAGUGCCCGGCCCGCCAUCUUGGCGUCAACGCGUUUCUCGUUAUUCUCGUUAAUUUAACCAGUUAUUUAACGAAAAUGAGUGACUCUGGUAGACGCGGGAAGAAUAUGAUUUGGGAUUACUUUGAUAAAGUCGACGAUGAAAAUAAGGAGGCAGAGUGCAAACUGUGCCAUAACAUGUUUAAUUAUAGGUCAACUUCGCAUAACCUCAAAAAUCAUUUGAAGCAUAAGCAUAAUGAUGUAUUUAUGAGUAUUCCGGUUACUGAGAUACCGGGGAAGAUUAUAAAAAUGAGGAAGAACAGGUCCUCUGUAUGGGAAUAUUUUGAGGUAUUCGACAACGAGAAGAAAAUUGCGAGCUGUAACGAGUGCCAGCGCACCAUCUCGUACAGGACCACCACGGCCAACCUGAAGACGCAUCUCCGACGGGUGCAUGAGCAGCUGUACGUCGAGAUGGAGGGGGAGGAGAAAGAAGUGGUUCUUGAAGAAGACGGGGCUGAAUCCGACGCCCAAGAUGACGUAUGGAGCUUCUUCGAGCGCGCGGGCGGCGAGGCGCGCUGCGCGGUGUGCCGCGCUCUGGUCCCCAUCCCCGCGCUGCGAAGUCACCUGAGGAACAACCAUCCUAAGCUCGUUGACGUAGUGGAGUCAGAGGAGGAAACAGCGACGAAUAACGCACAAGAAGACGUUUACACCGAAGUUGUAUACCUUGAGCAUGAGGACAGCCCCAAACGAGCGCCAAAACCGAUCGAAAAGCCAACAAAACCAAAACAGUUCACAGAAAGACGCACGAAAAAGCGAAAACUGAGCUCCUCUUCUGACGACGAGCCAUUAAAAUACAAGAAAAAAAGAAACGACGAUGAAAUUGAGCAAUUUGGGAAAUAUAUAACAUGCUUACUGAAAAAAAUACCUCAAGAUACGAGUAUGGAAUUACAAAUGGAAAUUGUCAAUUUGAUAAUGAAAAAACAGUUGGAGCAAAGGAGAAACGAAACGUCAGUUUUGGCGGCAAGGGAAAGCAAGAUGGCGGGCGUUGAAACUGUUGAUGGCGGCUGUCAAACUGCUUUUGAAAUUAAGAUAAGUGAUGAGAAGAGUUUGAGCAAUGGAUAUUCGUAUAGUAUUGAGAAAAUUGUGAAUGAUGAAACACAGAUGAUACAGAGUACUUAACGUAUAAAUUAUAUACUUAAUACAAAGUAUUAUUGAGCCAAGUUUAUUUACAAAUUUGUAUUUAUGUUUAUUAGAAUUAAAUGUUUUGCCAAAAUUGUU